GGAGCGGCUGGCGCUUCACCCUCCCUUUUCCCCCUCCCGCGAGUCUCCAGGUUCCUCAGCUGGCAGAGGCCGGGUCAGUGUCAGUCAGGGAGCCGGACCGCCGGACCGUGUGUGCGGACGCUCCGCUGCAGUCUCGCCCAGGGGCCGGUGGCUGCGCUCGCGCCGCCGGGUGGGAAGGAUGAAGCCGCAGCUGGAGCAGCCACCCUAUGAUUGGCUGUGGCGCUUGUGAACCCGAAGUAAAGAUGGCGGGCGGGCAGGCAGCCGCCGCACUGCCCACUUGGAAGAUGGCGGCGCGCCGCAGCCUCAGCGCCCGCGGCCGGGGGGUCCUGCAGGCGGCGGCGGGGCGGCUGCUGCCGCUGCUACUGCUGAGCUGCUGCUGCGGCGCGGGCGGCUGCGCAGCAGCGGGCGAGAACGAGGAGACGGUGAUCAUCGGGUUGCGGCUGGAGGACACGAACGACGUGUCUUUCAUGGAAGGGGGGGCGCUGCGGGUGAGCGAGCGGACCCGGGUCAAGCUGCGGGUGUACGGGCAGAACAUCAACAACGAGACGUGGUCCCGCAUCGCCUUCACCGAGCACGAGCGGCGGCCUCACAGCCCGGGCGAGCGCGGGCUGGGGGGCCCCGCGCCGCCCGAGCCGGACAGCGGCCCCCAGCGCUGCGGCAUCCGCACCUCCGAUAUCAUCAUCUUGCCCCACAUCAUUCUCAACCGCCGCACAUCGGGCAUCAUUGAGAUCGAGAUCAAACCGCUGCGCAAGAUGGAGAAAAGCAAGUCCUAUUACCUGUGCACAUCGCUCUCCACGCCCGCCCUGGGCGCCGGCGGCCCGGGGUCCGCGGGCGGCGCCGUCGGGGGCAAGGGCGGCUCGGGAGUGGCCGGGCUCCCGCCGCCCCCGUGGGCCGAGACCACCUGGAUUUACCACGACGGCGAGGACACCAAGAUGAUCGUGGGCGAGGAGAAGAAGUUCCUGCUGCCCUUCUGGCUGCAGGUGAUCUUCAUUUCGCUGCUCCUGUGCCUGUCGGGCAUGUUCAGCGGCCUCAACCUGGGGCUGAUGGCCCUGGACCCGAUGGAGCUGCGCAUCGUGCAGAACUGCGGCACCGAGAAGGAGAAGAAUUACGCCAAACGCAUCGAGCCGGUGCGCAGGCAGGGCAACUACCUGCUGUGUUCGCUGCUGCUGGGCAACGUGCUGGUCAACACCACGCUCACCAUCCUGCUCGACGACAUCGCCGGCUCAGGCCUCGUGGCGGUGGUGGUCUCCACCAUCGGCAUCGUCAUCUUCGGGGAAAUCGUGCCCCAGGCCAUCUGCUCCCGUCACGGCCUGGCUGUCGGGGCCAACACCAUCUUCCUCACCAAGUUUUUCAUGAUGAUGACCUUCCCCGCUUCUUACCCGGUGAGCAAGCUGCUGGACUGCGUCCUGGGCCAGGAGAUAGGCACUGUCUAUAACCGGGAAAAACUGCUGGAGAUGCUCCGGGUCACCGACCCCUACAACGACCUCGUUAAGGAGGAGCUGAACAUCAUCCAAGGAGCGCUGGAGCUCCGCACCAAGACAGUGGAGGACGUGAUGACUCCGCUCCGGGACUGCUUCAUGAUCACGGGCGAAGCCAUUCUGGACUUCAACACCAUGUCGGAGAUCAUGGAGAGCGGCUACACCCGUAUUCCGGUAUUUGAGGGGGAGCGCUCCAACAUCGUGGACCUUCUCUUUGUCAAAGACUUGGCCUUCGUGGAUCCAGAUGACUGUACUCCCCUGAAAACCAUCACUAAAUUUUAUAACCACCCCUUGCACUUUGUUUUCAAUGACACCAAGUUGGACGCUAUGCUGGAAGAAUUUAAGAAAGGUAAAUCCCACCUGGCUAUUGUGCAGCGAGUGAACAAUGAAGGAGAAGGGGACCCAUUUUAUGAAGUUCUGGGAAUCGUCACCUUAGAAGACGUGAUUGAAGAAAUCAUCAAAUCCGAGAUUCUAGACGAAACAGAUUUAUACACUGAUAACAGAACGAAAAAGAAAGUGGCUCAUCGUGAAAGAAAGCAAGAUUUUUCCGCCUUUAAGCAGACAGACAGCGAGAUGAAGGUUAAAAUAUCACCACAGCUUCUCCUGGCCAUGCACCGUUUCCUAGCAACAGAAGUAGAAGCAUUUAGCCCAUCCCAGAUGUCAGAGAAGAUCCUUCUAAGGCUGCUAAAGCACCCCAAUGUCAUCCAGGAACUGAAGUAUGAUGAGAAGAACAAGAAAGCCCCAGAAUACUACCUCUACCAGCGAAACAAACCUGUAGACUACUUCGUUCUCAUUUUGCAGGGGAAAGUGGAAGUAGAAGCUGGGAAAGAAGGUAUGAAAUUCGAAGCCAGUGCUUUCUCCUACUAUGGUGUGAUGGCCCUCACAGCCUCUCCAGGUGAAAACAAGUCGCCUCCUCGCCCGUGUGGCUUGAAUCACUCAGACUCUCUGAGCCGAAGUGACCGGAUCGACGCAGUCACGCCGACACUGGGGAGCAGCAACAAUCAGCUCACCUCCUCGUUCCUUCAAGUCUACAUCCCUGACUACUCAGUGCGGGCCCUCUCUGACCUUCAGUUCGUUAAGAUCUCAAGACAGCAAUACCAAAAUGCCUUGAUGGCAUCCCGGAUGGACAAAACCCCUCAGUCUUCAGACAGUGAAAACACUAAAAUUGAAUUGACUCUUACGGAGCUGCACGACGGUUUGCCAGACGAGACCGCCAACCUGCUCAAUGAACAGAACUGUGUGACACACAACAAGGCCAACCACAGCCUGCACAGUGAAGGGGCCAUCUAGAGCGCCCACCGCUGCCCCUCGCCCCCCAACUCCGGAGGCCCCAGGCCCGCCGACCAUGAACCCCAUUAGCGUGAGCUUGUGUGCCAUGCUGCGUCCUGCAACAUCCUGAGACCAAAGACUUUGUCCCCUUCCCGGAAGCCGCCGCGGAGGAUGGCCAGGGCGGGCACAGAAGCUAGAGGUGUGACACCAACAGCCAGGACAUGGCAUUCGAGAUUUUGGAGAUGAACUUCUUCCACCCAAAUAGAAUCAUGUUUAUUUUUUCAGUUGUACCUUCUAUCUUUAUUCACUCUCCUCCUCCCUCAAUUUGCAUGAAGUUGAAAAUUGUUGCGGUUUAUUUUAUUUUUUUCCCAAGAGAUGAUGUUUUUAAACAGUGUCUUUUGCAGAGUU